AUGCAAAUCUCUUCAGCCCUCACAUUACUAUUUGCCGGCAUUACCUCUGUUGCUGCGUCUUCCAACAUUACGUACAAGGUUGUCUCUCUUGUCCCUGAUAAUCAGACUCUCGCUGUCAUUGUUGACGAGAAUGUAUAUCCAUUGACUUCUGUCAGUGAAUCAUCGUCUUUGUUUCACACUGGCCAAGCACCCAUUGCCACUACAAAUUAUCAAUACGCUAUUCUGGAAAAAAACAAUACACAUGUCCUUGAAAGAGAGAAUUUUACUCGAAGCCCCGUUACUGAAGACAGCACAUUGAACGAGUACUUUGGUAGAUCAUGGAACUCUAUGAACUUGACUCAACUUCCUCGUAUUUUGGAUCCUCUCCCUAUCAUUGACCGCAUUGACUCCAAGAUUCAUAUCGAGGGCGAGAUCCCAACCAUUCAUUUCACUGGAAACCAAACAGCUAUUGACUAUAUUCAUGCUCAUCAACAGCUUGACAUGAGUGUCGAAGGAAUGAAAAUGACAUAUAUUAGCCCAAAUGACAUUCAAACGAUAGAAAAUGUUGAAUUUGCUAUAGGUGGUUUUAGUACACGGUAUUUGGACAAAGUAGCCUACAAGGUCAAGCUCCCAAAGGGCAGUGACCUCUACAGUUACCGUCGCUUCAAGUUGAGAGCCAUGAGUACUGAUGCUUCCUAUAUGAGAGAGAAACUUGUAUCUGAAAUUGCCGAAUCGAUUGGCCUUCCCACCACGAAAAUCAGUUAUGUUCGCGUAUUCAUCAAUAAUCAAGCAGUGGGUCUCUUUGCUUUUGCCGAGAACUUCAAGUCUCCCUGGGUUCGCAACGAGUUCAACAACGGAAAGAAGGAUGCUAACCAAGGCGCUCUAUUUGUUUGCACUGCUAACGGAAAGUUGGACAAUGCCACCACCACUGCCACAACUACUGCAGAAGACUUGGCAAACAACACCGCCACUACUGUCAAGUCUGAUUUAUCCUAUCUCGGUGAUAAUGCCACACUUUAUAGCCUUCCUUAUCCUGCCAAAGAAGAUCCUGCUACUGGUACUGUCAAUUAUACUCGUGUCAUGGAUUUUACUAAGUUUCUCUCGGAGCAAAACACAACAGUCAGUGAUUCUGUCAUCCCACUCUGGGAGGAAAAGAUUGAUGUUACAAGUUUUUUGCGUGGUCUAGCAUUUGAAAUCAUCACUUCUAGCAUGGACGGCUAUCUCGGUGUUCACAACAACUACAUCUUGUACGAUGAUCGCGAGAACGAGAGACUAGUAUUCAGUGCUCAAGAUUUUGAUUUGACCCUAGGUACAUCCGGCGGUCAAAUGCAGAAUCUCUUUGCCGGCGACUACACCACAUUCCCUGGCUUCAAUUCGACGCCUUUAGCCACUCGCAUGCUUGCUGUACCCAAGUUUAGACGUGAAUUUGAUAAUUUGAUUCGCAACUACACAGCUGGUUUGGUGAAUCCAGACAUAAUGAACCCCCGUAUUGAUGACCUGAUGACGUUUUUGAAUGAAGAUGUCGUUUGGGACAAGUCUUUGCCUCGUCUUGGUUCAAAUGCAUUCCUCAAAUACGCAGAUGGAAUAGACGUGUCAUCCGUUUCAUUUUCUGAUGGCGUGAAUGGCCCCUUGCCUACCAAUUUCAGUAUGGGCGUUAGAGAAUGGCUUGUCAAACGAUCAACCAGCUUGUACGACUACUUUAAUGCCACCUCCUCUACCAGCAACUAA